AUGCUGCACUCUUUGCCCCACUUAACGGUGCUUAGCCUAUCCGGUUGCAGUAAACUUACUGAUGAUGGCGUUGAAUUGAUUGCCGAGAAUCUACAAAAGUUACGUGCCCUCGAUUUGUCUUGGUGUCCGCGCAUCACUGACGCAUCGCUGGAGUAUAUAGCCUGUGAUCUGAAUCAGCUGGAAGAGCUGACGUUGGAUAGGUGCGUGCACAUCACCGAUAUCGGUGUCGGCUACAUCUCAACAAUGCUCUCACUAACCGCACUCUUUCUGCGCUGGUGCUCACAAGUACGCGACUUUGGUCUACAACACCUAUGCUCAAUGCGUAAUCUACAAGUACUCUCACUAGCCGGCUGUCCACUACUCACCUCCUCAGGUCUGUCAAGUCUCAUACAAUUGCGUCAUUUGCAAGAACUCGAAUUGACCAAUUGUCCGGGGGCAUCACAUGAAUUGUUCGAUUACUUGAAAGAGCAUUUGCCACGCUGCUUAAUCAUUGAAUAAUACGCUUGCGGAACUACAACGAAGCUGCAAGCUAUACAGAGUUUUGUGAAGGGAAAAGCAAAAAUUGGAAGAGGAAUUGUACUCCAACUUAAAUAAAUGCUAAUGCAAAUGAUGAAAAUGAUACUUGUGAUGUUGAUGCUAUUGCCAAUGGAAACUAGCAAACAAAUUUUGACGCUAAAGUUGGAACUUAUGAAGCUAUGUAUUUACUAAAAACUUUAAAGGCUGCACUGAAUACUCUAAAUGCAAAUAAAUACAUACGUAUACAGUUAAAAAACAAAAAA